AUGGAAGGAAACAAUGAAGAAGUAGCUCACGAAUUUCUACCAUUAUAUAGGAUAUACAAAGAUGGCAGAGUAGAAAGGUUAAUGGGAACAGAAGUUGUUCCUCCAUCCGUUGAAGAUCCAAAAACUGGCGUCUCAUCGAAAGAUGUUGUGAUUAUACCUAAAACGGGCGUAUCAGCAAGGCUUUAUGUUACUAAACUCAUCCAGAACAAGAAACUUCCUCUUCUUGUUUACUUUCACGGAGGAGGAUUUUGCAUUGACACCGCAUUUUCUCCAACUUAUCAUUAUUUUCUGAAUGAUGUUGUUUCACAAGCAAAUGUUGUUGCUGUUUCUGUUGAUUACAGAAGAGCACCCGAACACUAUGUUCCGGUCGCUUUCGAUGAUUCAUGGGCAGCGUUAAACUGGGUUCUCUCUCACUUUAAAGGGGGAGGUAGUGAGAGUUGGUUAAGUGAUUAUGCUGAUUUUGAUCAAGUCUUCUUGGGUGGUGAUAGUGCUGGUUCUACUAUUGCACAUAAUAUGGAAAUUCGAUCCGGGACUAACCCUGAACAAAUUAAUGGGGUGAAGAUUUUUGGUGUUGCUAUGGCGCACCCUUAUUUCUUGUUACAUCGGUUUAAUGGUUUAAUGGAAGGACCAGGAAAAUUAUGGUAUAGUGUUUGUCCAUCAACAACCGGGCGUAACGAUCCGCUUAUCAACCCAACAACUGAAACGAAUCUCGCAAGGUUGGGCUGUGACCGCGUUUUAGUGUUUGUAGCAGAGAAAGAUGUUUUGAAAGACAUAGGAUGUGUUUAUUUUGAGACAUUAAAGAAUAUUGGAUGGGGUGGAGUUGUGGAGAUUAUGGAGUCACAAGGAGAAAAUCAUGUGUUCCACUUGACUAAUCCUACCUGUGAGAAUGCUGUGAAUUUAAUGAAACGAUUCGUUUCAUUUCUGAAUAUCAAUCGGAUCAGAUCUAUGCCUUAG